AUGGACACCAUCAAAGAACACAUUGAAAGUCGCGAUUUUGCUGCGCUUGUUGAUUUCUGCGAAGAUUUAGAAUUACAACUUGCCCUUACACCGAACGCCAAUAUAAGUCCAGAAGAUUUUUAUGGACCUUUUUUACUUGGAUAUUUAUUAGAACAAGAUCUUCCUUCUGCUCGUUUCCUUUGGAAGCGAUUACCAGACGCUGUCAAAAGUUCAUCCAAAGAAUUACGAGCUAUUUGGGACGUUGGAGCAGCUUUAUGGCAAAGGGACUAUGAAAAUAUAUAUGAUCUUAUAAGUUCAAAAACAUGGAGUCCCAUUAUCACGCCUUUGAUGGAGCAAUUGGCCGAUAAUUUACGAGAACGAAUGCUUAAUCUUAUAUCGGAGGCGUAUUCUUCUAUUGUGAUCGAUGAUGCGGUCAAAUAUCUUGGUUUUCCGCGUGAAAAAGUAUUAACGAUCGUCGAAGAGCGCGGAUGGGAAGCUGAUCUAACUACUAAUAUGUUACAGCCAAAGAAAAUUGGUAAGCGCAAAAUUAUUUUAUCAUCGUAG